GUUACCGGAGCGGAGUUUGCGCGCGGAGGCGCCGGUGUGGAGUGAGAGCGGGAGAGAGGAACGGGAACCGGGAGAACACGACUUACAGAGACAAUGGACGCGUUGAGGACAGUGCUGGCGCUGUGUGUGAGCUGUUUACUCGGACCGAUGUUAUCAGUCCAGAUGUGCGACGUCAGGAUCGACCUGGAGAUGGAGAGAGAUGAGUGCAUGGCAAAGCUGCAAAAUGUCACAACAGGUUGCAGUGGCGAAUGGGAAUUUGCCUGUUGGCCGUCGGCGUCUGUCGGAGAGCUGGUCACCCUCCCUUGCCCCAAAUACUUUGCUCAUGUCAGUGACCGGGAAGGUAAUAUAUCAAGGAUAUGUACAGAGGAAGGAUGGAUGGUCCUCGACUCUACAGCGAGCGCCGAGAUCUGCGGCUUUAACCUCAACUUCACUGGGGUGGACCUGGAUGUUUCUCAUGGUGAAUUCCUGAGAUCGGUGAGGAUCGGAUACACCAUCGGCCACUCCGUGUCUCUGGUGUCCCUCGUCAUCGCCAUCUUCAUUUUGUGCUUUUUCAGGAAACUCCACUGCACAAGGAACUACAUCCACAUUCACCUCUUCCUGUCAUUCAUCUUAAAGGCCGUGGCAGUGAUGAUGAAGGACGUAGCGCUCUACGAGGUGGAUCCAGAUGAGUGCAACCCUAGUUCUGUAGGGUGCAAGGCCGCGAUGGUGUUCUUCCAGUAUGGUGUCAUGGCCAGCUUCUUUUGGCUGCUGGUGGAGGGCCUCUACUUACACGCACUCCUCGCCGUCUCCUUCUUCUCCCAUAGGAAGUACUUCUGGUGGUACAUCCUGAUUGGCUGGGGAGUCCCAGCGCUCUUCAUCACCAUAUGGAGCGUUACUAAAGCCUACUUGCAUGAUGUCGGAUGUUGGGAUUUUAUUGAUGACGACCUGUGGUGGAUUAUAAAAACCCCCAUUUUGCUAAUAAUCCUGCUGAAUUUCAUCCUCUUCAUUUGCAUCAUCCGGAUUCUUCGUCAGAAAAUCAACUGCAGAGACAUCGGCAGAAACGAAUCGAACCAGUACUCGAGGUUGGCGAAAUCCACUUUGCUUUUGAUCCCCCUGUUUGGAAUAAACUACAUCAUCUUUGCCUUCAUGCCUCAUCACGUGCGCUCUUACAUGCGGCUGGUGGUCGACCUUAUCUUGGGCUCUUUUCAGGGCUUCUGCGUUGCCAUCCUGUACUGUUUCCUAAACGGAGAGGUGCAGUCUGAAAUAAAGCGGAAGUGGCGCCGGUGGCACAUGCAGAGGUUUCUGGGCACCGAAACCAAGUACCACCAGCCUUCUCUGGCCAGCAACGGGAGCACCUCCAACACCCAGAUCACCAUGCUGACCAAGUGCAGCCCCACCACGCAACGCAUCUCCGGCUGCAUGGACGACUUCUCCAGCAUUUGAGCUGACUGAAUAACCUACUAUCCAAAACAAUCCAGGACUCUCCCACGCUCCUGGGUCGAGCUCAAGCCCUGAACUCGUUUCCAUCAUCACGAUGUGAACAGCAUGGCGGCGGAAUGCUGCGGAAUUUAGAUGGUCGGUGUUAAACAGGCAUGCAGUGUAAGUGUAUCCAUGAUACCAAGGCUCAUGUUCUUAGUCAUUCUAGUGGCCUGAAAAAGGGGGACCGGGGGCGGAAAGGACAGGUUUUUUUCUGUUUUUACUGUUUCUGGACAUUUAGGAAAUGCAAAUAUUUUUUAACAGAAUCUGUGAGCAAAGAACAGAAGCAGAAGGUUGCAGUCUGCAUUCAGUAAUGAAGUGGAAUAGUGUCCUGUCCGAAUCCUGGAUCACACACACCACACACAUAAAAACACUCCUCCCAGUUCAGGUUUAGAUCAACAUUGUGAGGUCUGACGUUUCGUGCCGUCAUCAUCCUUCAUAUGGACCUAAUUAUCCUGCUCUAGUUGGAUGUAUAUUGUCACUUAUUAAACCCCUAAUUAUCCUUAAGGUGACCUCAGAGGUGUGUAUUAGGUCUAUUUUAUGUCUGGAUGUGACCGUUAAGAACAAUCUUAUCGUCUUGUCUAUUUUUUCCUAAUUGUUUGCUAUGCUAAUGUUUUAAUUGCAAACUGACAGUUAUAAAGAAUGUUUAACUUUUUCAUUCCAGUGUAUUUAUCAUCUUUGUAUGUAUAUAUGUACAGUAUGUAAGUAUGUGUGUUUAAAUUUCUCGAGGUUUCAUGCCUGUGAUAUACUUUUAUCGAUCUUUCUGUAAAUGUUGGCAUUGUGAGUUGUAGUGUUUGUAUUGUGUAUGAAGUGUAUUAAUGUGCUAUAUUAGUUCUGACAGUUCCAAAUACUCAUAUUUUUAUAUUUGUAAAUGUAGUUUAUAAUUUUCGGACCAGAGUGUCUGCGACUGAUCACAUUAUCGGUAGAACUUUCAUGAACAUGUUAAUUAGGGCUGGGAAUCACCAGGAACCACCCAAUACGAUAUUACCACAAUAUCUAGGUGUUGAUUCUAUUUUUUUUGUGAUUCUGUAAAUACCAUAAUUUUAUAAAUAUCUCGAUUCAGUGUUAAUCACCCCAUACACUCAUACACUUUUGUUCUUUUUUUUUUCUUUUUACAUACAAACAUUGCAGAUAUUCACUCCUGCCACACUGGACGUUGUGCUCCCUGCCAAUGUGUGAAUAGUUUAGAGUGCACCACCUGUAGGAUUACAGAGGAACUGCUACGUUUUACAACCUCAAAUGCAAACAUAACAUAAAUUAAAAAUUUAUUUAAAAAUAUAUAUUUUGGAGUCAGCGUGGUCAUACAUGAGUUGCCACCCUGAGGAAUCACCAUACACUCACUCUCACUCAUCUUCUAUACCGAUUUAUCCUGUCUUUAGGGUCACAGGGACCUGGAGCCUAUUCCAGAAGAGGUAGGGCACGAGACAAGGUACACCCUGGCCAGGGUGCCAAUCCAUCGCAGGGCAGAAUCGCCAUACAUAACUUUUUUGUAUAAGAGAAGAUUUUUGUUAUAUAAGUCUAGGAUGUUAUGCUCAGAUUGCUCAGUUAAAUUACUGUGAAGAUAUUUAAUUUAUAAUACAAGAUAUUUUAUUUCAUGACUUGCAUCUUGUGGCGUUCUGUUCUCCUAGACAGCAAAUAAAAGGCGAGCGAAUAAGACGCCGGUGGUGAGUGUCUGAGAGAGAUACCAUCUUUGUUUACCCGUCCUCUAGAAUCUACUCCAUCUGUUAUUUAUCCGCUAAAUCCCUUGUUAAAUUUUUCCCAAAUCCCCCUUACUUUCAGCGACAUUCAUAUGGGUCCGGCACUUUCCGGCGUGCAACACUCGACCCCACCAGACGCGAAGGCCAGACUGAGCACUUGGACUCGAUUUCUAAUUUGAUAAGAAAUCAGGAACAUUGCUUUAUUUUAAUAAACUAGAUGAUCCGUAAUAAGACACUGGUCCACUGCCAACUAAACUGAACUACGAGCGGUACGGUCUUGGAGAGUUUCCUGUGGUGGAACGUGUACAGCUACAUAGCCCUAGCGACACUGGAGACUCCUUCCAUAAACAGUUUCUUUGUUAAUAUACAAAGGUCUUUAAUAUCUAUUUUAUGAUGAUGCUUAGCAUGUCAAGCAUAAAAAUCCCUGUGGAUGAGCUGUUUCUGUAGACGUGCUGAUGUACACAUGUGGACGAAUUUACUGGUAUUGUUCCAUUAAA